AUGACACGUAACAUACCAGACCAGAAGCCCAAAACGCACCAGCUUCCCAUACUGCGAAUACUAGGCAAAUCCGAACAACUCUCCGCAGUAUCCCACGCCCUCGGCUUCUUCAAGAAUGUCGGCAUGUCCGCCCACUACACCCUAUCUAGCACCACCACUACCCAACCACCCAAUCUACAAAGCGUGGUAUACGCGGCGUUGGCGGAUGUCGUAAAAAGGCAUGCUAUCCUAUCCGCCAUUCCCAUAAACGAAGCGACGCCGGAGGCGUACUUUGCGCGAUUAGAGGUAAUCGAUCUGGAGAAGUGCGUGGUCUGGAAGACACGCGUCGGUGAUGCUACGCGCGGGGAAGAGGAUCUUGAGCUGGAUGGGAUUCUUGAGGGGCAGCAUAAUGUCGGGUUUACAUCUGAUUACGGGGAUGUGCCCUUCUGGCGCUUGGUUAUACUCCAAGAUGCCGGGGCUGAGCUCAGUUUCACUGCAUCGUUCAUCUUCCACCAUAGUCUCGGCGAUGGCGCAACAGGAUCGAUCUUCCACAGGUCUUUCCUUCAAGGCCUGAACACCGCUAUCUCCCUCCCCUCUCCCGUCACCCAGAACAACACAUGCAUACCCACCGACCCCACCAUCCAACUCCUCUCCCCCCUAGAGACACUCCAUUCCCUCCCGAUAAACCCCAAUCCCCACUCCCACCGCGCAAACAGCGCCUCGGAGUUGGCAGAAUGGUUCGGAACCCCCAUUCACACGCCCCUGAAGACUCAUUACAAAACCCUGUACUUCUCACCGCCAACCACCGCAGCCUUCGCAGAAAGAUGCAAGGACAGCGGCGUAACAGUCACAUCCGGUCUUACCGCCGUACUAUCCGGCGCUCUCUUCUCUGCUUUACCAGACACCGUGGAAGCGCUGACGGGUAUCAUACCGAUUAAUCUACGGCCGUGGCUCAGUCUGCCUGCGACCGAGGCGGAUGUGGCGAUGGGAAGUUUUAUUGACGCGAUAAAAGUGCAUGUGAGACGUGAGGAAUGCGUGGGAGCUGGUGAUGAUGGAACAAGCAUGAUGAGCGGUCUCCCCGCUGCACGCCAUGCGGCGGAGGAGAUCAAGAGAUAUCUCGCCAAUGCUUCGCCGACCGGCGAACCAUACACGUCCAUCGCGCCCUUCAAACUCAUUCCCGAUGUUGCUGCGGUGUUCACAUCUCUCCUUGGUACGACCCGCGAUGCUGCGUUUGAGAUAUCGAAUUUGGGUCGUUUUCCACCACCCGCUGAUCAUACUCGCUCUGGCGACGAUGAUGCCGCACACUGGCGGAUUGGUAGAAUGGUGUUCAGUCGCAGUGCCGUUGUGUUUGGUGCGGCGGUUACGACGAGUGUUGUUACGGGGGCGGAUGGGGGUUUGAGUGUGGGGUUUUGCUGGCAGGAUAGUGUUGUGGAGAGUAGUGUGGUUGAGCAAAUUAUGAAGGGGUGUAGGGAGGGGGUUGAGGGCUGUGGGUUUUGA